UCUCUGCUGACACUGCUAAUUCUCCCUCAGGCAAGGCUCUGUUCCUCCUCUCUCCGAUUUAGAGACUCACCUCGUGCACCGGGGCGUCGCCCAUUCCCCUCCUCAGCCACUCGGGUGCCUUGUACGUGGCCCCACUGUUGUGCUAAAUAAGAGAGUCUUGGAGGGGAAGGCAAAGGGUAAUGUACUUCAUGUCCCCUCCCCACCUCAGGGAGACCUCUUCCCCUUUUUGUUUUCCUCCAGGACCCUUGUCAGGACUUCAGGGAAGCAAGCAGCAGCGUAAUAAACUGGAAAAACACUUUGGGGAAGGAUGAUACAAGUGAGAGCCAACCACAAGGAGCUCUGAGAAUUGUGGGUUCGGAACCUCAGGGAAUGAGGCCUCUGAUGACACGGGAGUAUAGAAUGGGCAGUGGGGCCGACCUAGCCAGCUGUCCCAGCGCUCUUCUGCACAGAUCUGAAUCAAGGCCGAGAAGCCACAAAGUCCUACUCUGCAGCUCCUCCGGAAUUGACCUUGUCCCUGGUCACCUGCCACCACCCUCUCCCUGGACCGUUCUAGAACUAACACAGUCAGGAUGCUGCCGUUCACAUGGAGCUCCUCCCGAACUGGCUCCUGGAGCUCCUCGUUUGGAGUCAGGAACCUGUGGGCAAUCUCCGCAUCCAUGGCCGAGGGGAAAGGCCUCCGGGGUUGCUGGGAUGGCCAGGGUCACAGGCACCACCCGAACCACCAGGGACUCUGGGGCCACUGACACCACGAGGUCCACCUGGCACACACUGGCCACCACCUGCUGCGCCCACCACCACGCCCACGGCACCCGUGCCUUCGUCUGCUGCCCUCACGGGGCCUCCACCAGCCACCUGAGACCCAACUUUGAAUCCGCCCACCCUCUCAAGGCAUCACUGAAGGACAAAGCGCUCUCUCACAAUGCUUCACCCCUUUACUCCACAAUGCAAUUCCGGAUAUGCCCAGAGCAACUGUCCACACGGACCACUGGUAAUGCCUCCUGA